UAGCUAAGCGUUUUGUUAAUAUGCACGUCUGUUUCAGUGCUAGUUUGCUGUUUCAAUUUCGAUAGCAAGAUUUUGGAAGCUAAAAUAGAUCAACUCAUCUUAAAACCCAUCCUAUAAAUUGCUUGAAAACUGACCCAGAAAAAGUACCUGAUUCGAAUCUCAAAGCUGUGCUUUAUACAUGUAUGAACGAUUAUUCGACGUAUCUCUAAAAGGUUUUGUAAGCAAUUUUCCGCUUGAAAGGUGUUUAAAAUCGCUAGGACUAUGAAUAAAAUCGGCUAUCUAAUAAUAUCUUUUUUGUGGCUGGCGCCCAUUACAUUAAGCUAUUAUUUGCCAGGGGACGAAUUAUCGGUAGAGUUGAGGUUGUUCAAUAACUUCAUGAUCAAGUUUGGAAAGUCUUAUGAAAACGCAGCGGAACAAGCGAAAAGAUUCGACAUCUUCAGAACCAAUUUGAAAGUCAUUGCAGAGUUGAAUAAUGAUCGCUAUGAUAACGCGACCUAUGGAAUUUCGAGAUUUGCUGAUCUCACGGGUGAUGAGUUCAAGAAAAAAAUGUUGCGUUCCAAUAGCAGUCUGCCGGAGAGCCCUUUGAGAGAGGGAGGCUCCAAAAUCCGUGCGUCACGUAUAAAACGCGCGGGUGGCUCAAGCAGCCACACCGGGGGCUCGUUCAGUUGGACGGACAACAGGUACUACCCUCCUGCGCAGGAUCAGGACACUUGCGACUCGUGUGGACAUAUCGGAGGGGUAAGCGCCGUGUCAAUCAUGUAUUCGGCUCAGAAGAAGAGGAGGACAAAUCUAUCAAUACAGCAGCUCAUAGACUGUGACCCACGCUGUUGUAAUGCUGUGACUUACACGAGUUUGUUCGAAGCCAUACGAGACACUUACUUGGCAUCGGAGACGGACUAUCCUUACAGAGCGAGCUUUCGUGCCGGGGAAUGCGAUAGGGCCGCUGUAGCCAAAGGCGUCGCCACCAUCAAAAGCUGGAGAUUGAUCUCAGGCGAGGCCAACAUUCUGGCCAAUCUCAAAAACGGCCCUCUACCCGCUAAGAUCAAUGCAGACAGAAUACAGCACUAUAGAGGUGGAGUCAUCACGAAUUGCCCCAACACCGGGUCCAAUCAUGGGGUGACUAUCGUAGGAUACGGAGUUGAGGACGGUGUUAAUUACUAUCUCGUGCGAAAUACUUACGGUCCAGGUUGGGGCCCAUUGGAGGGGCAUCUGAAGGUCCAAAGAGGCACAUGUGACAUCGAAGAGAGGGUUUAUUCCAUUGAAAUCAAGACGAAAAGAAGCGGAGGCUGCUUCAUGUGUAAAUGAAUUACCAAUACACUUACACAAAGGUGACCCAAAAGUCCCUUAUUACACCCCCUCUAACUUUUCACCUAAUUCCUAAUGGAGGUAAAGAUUUUAAACUUGGGGGAUGUUCCUUAGCAAAAGGAGCUACAUUGGUGCCCCCUUAAGAUUUUCAGCGACCCCAAUGAGAAGACCCCUUUGUGGUUCUUCGUUCAAAAGAGCAUAAAAAAAGAAAACUUUUCGCGCGAACCCGAAGUCAAUACCUCAAACUGUUUCAAAAUGGCGGCUGGUUGAAGUUCAAGAGAACCGGAAAUUGAUCUGUCGUUGCGCGAAAAUCGAUAACUGCGGGUAUUUUGACAUGAGAAGAACAAGUUGGUGUUAGAAUUUUAAAAAAACCGAAAUUUCCAAAAUUUCUUCCGUACAAAGUUCGCAACAGAGCCGAGAACUCGGCACUUCGGUUUUUUGCUGAUGGAUUCACCUGAAGGGGUAUUUUGAAUGAUGAAAUUAUCAAAGAAGUUAAAUUUCUAAAAAAAUAUUCGGUCAUUUUGAACUUCAACCAGCUGCCAUUGUGAUAACUUCAAUUUUUUCGAAAAUCCGGUGUCAAAUUCGAUGUUCCUUGUGUCAAAAUACCCCCAGAUACCAAGUUUCAGGUAAAUUCAUCAACGAAAAACCUAGGUACUAACUUUCGAUCAUUUCGAACAUUAACCAGCCGCCAUUUUGAAACAGUUUGUGGUAUUGACUUCGGGUCUGCGCGAAAAGUUUUCUUUCUUACACUCCUUUGAACAAGGAAUCACGAGGGGGGUCUCCCCAUUUGAAAAAAAAGUUGGGGUCUGUUGCCCUUCCCCCAAGGAAAAGACCCUUCUAAAAAUGUUAGAGGGCCAAAAAAUAGUUCCCUUUGACUUAGGAACAUCCCCUAAGUUUCAUAUAAAAGAAGCAAAAUGGCUCCGUCCUGAAUGAAAAAUUCGCAAAAUCGGCAGAGGUAUGAAAGAUUGUAAAGGUGUAGAUACAGACGGCGAUUAAUCCGGCCCUUAUUAUUACACGGCCCUUUAUUGCAGCCGUUGGACUCCUCGUUGUAACAAGUAGGUAUACAUUGGACAUAGUAUGUUGUCAUAUUAUGGGAUUACUCGCCGUGUGUAUCUAGGCCUUCAGUCUGACUGGUGACGUCAUGCGCUCCUAAUGUUAAUCAUUCUCUAUCAUCUGUUCCGACUUAUUUAUUAUUUAUGAAUUGUGAUGAAUAAAAUAUCUUCUCAAAUCGGUGACAA